UAUGAUCCCACUCCUAUCCUUUUACAGUGAUUCUCCUCAGCACUGUAUCAGCAGUGUGUCCAUGCAUUGUGCACACCAGGAAGCUGAACUUUGCUCUCAGUGAGGGGAGGGGCUGGCCUUUUUUCUUUUCCUCCUCCCUCCAAGUUGGGAGCUGCUUGUUUCAGACAGAAGGUGGAAGGGGUGGAGAGCACUUUGCAGCCUGGACUAAACCACUAACAAGCACAAAGGGAGAGCCUGGCAUUGGGACAGGUGAAGCAGUCUGUGAUUAUGUUCAGAACCGGAGGACUAAUCAAUUUUCUCGAGUGACACCAUUCAUCACAAACUGCCCUUGCCAGAGUGUUUUCUAGUGGAAUGUAAAGGACACUUCAACCACGACAACAUUUUGGAUUGGAUUUUAGGAUUCCUCCCGUUUUAGAUCAAUCUAAACUGACCUGGUCAAACAUUUUCCAAUACAACUGGACUUAAUCUAGAGUAAUCUCUCAGACUACAUUUGCUACGGAUUCCGAGGAUUUUAUGGAAUGUAUUGACCAGUGAGCUACAAUAUUCCUUGAACUCCAUUUUUGGUUACUCUUAAUAUUUUAGAGGCACUGACAGACAGAAUCUUGGUGGUGUCAGGGCAGCAACAACACCUCUGAGGACGUGUGUGUUAUCCAUCAGCAGUAAUGGAGUCUGUGGCAGCCCGAAUGGCCAUGGAUACCGACUCGCCCAACCUCUCUCUGAGGUCCAGGACUACCGUCACCACGGAUAGAGAUUCUUAUGUGAGCACUGCCAGCCUUCCCUGCAGCCACUUCCUGUCCGCCAAUGUCAUCAACGUUGUGGAGAAAUGUAUGAGCUCCAUGCAGAUGGGGACCCAGAUGGUGAAGCUCCGCGGCGGCUCCAAGGGACUGGUGCGCUUCUUCUAUCUGGACGAACACAAGUCCUGCAUCCGCUGGAGGCCUUCGCGCAAGAAUGAAAAGGCCAAGAUCUCCAUCGACUCUGUGCGGGAGGUGUGUGAGGGGAAGCGGUCUGAAAUCUUCCAGCGCUACUCAGAGGGCAGCUUCGACCCCAACUGCUGCUUCAGCCUGUACUAUGGAGAGCACAUGGAGUCCCUGGACCUGGUGUCCGGCACCGGAGAGGAGGCUCGCACCUGGAUCACCGGCCUCAAGUACCUGAUGGCCGGCAUCAGUGACGAGGACAGCCUGGCCAAGAGGCAGCGCACACGAGACCAGUGGCUGAAGCAGACCUUCACUGAGGCUGAUAAGAAUGGCGACGGCAGCUUAAGCAUCAGCGAGGUGCUGCAGCUCCUGCACAAGCUCAACGUCAACCUGCCCCGACAGAAGGUCAAACAGAUGUUCAAGGAGGCGGACACGGAUGACAACCAGGGGACGCUGGGCUUCGAGGAGUUCUGCUCCUUCUACAAGAUGAUGUCCACGCGCAGGGACCUGUACCUCCUCAUGAUCACCUACAGCAACCACAAAGACCACCUGGACGCUGAGGACCUGUCCCGCUUCCUGGAGACGGAGCAAAAGAUGACCAAGGUGACCAAGGAACAUUGCCUGGAGAUUAUCAACAAAUUUGAGCCGUGCCCCGAGAACCAGAAGCAAGCAGUUCUGGGAAUUGAUGGUUUUACAAACUACAUGCGCAGCCCGGCGGGAGACAUCUUCAACCCGGAACACUACAGCGUGGUGCAGGACAUGAAGCAGCCGCUGUGCAACUACUUCAUCGCCUCCUCGCACAACACCUACCUGAUGGGGGACCAGCUCAUGUCCCAGUCCAGAGUGGACAUGUACGCCUGGGUGCUGCAGGCCGGCUGCCGCUGUGUGGAAGUGGACUGCUGGGACGGUCAGGACGGAGAGCCCAUCGUGCACCACGGCUACACCCUCACCUCCAAGAUCGUCUUCAAAGACGUCAUCGAGACCAUCAACAAGUACGCCUUCGCCAAGAACGACUACCCGGUCAUCCUCUCAAUUGAGAACCACUGCAGCGUUCCCCAGCAGAAGAAGAUGGCGCAGUACCUGAUUGAGAUCCUGGGGGACAAACUUGACCUGUCCAACAUCAAAGCAGAGGAGCCUGGACGCCUGCCGUCCCCAGAAACACUCAGAGGCAAAAUCCUUGUCAAGGGGAAGAAACUACCCCCCAACAUCGAUGAGAACGCUGAGGAGGGAGACGUGUCGGACGAGGACAGUGCUGAUGAGAUGGAGGACGACUGCAAACUGAUGAACGGAGAUACCUCCGCCAACAGGAAGCAGGUGGAGAACCUGGCCAAGAAGAAGCUGGACAACCUGAUGAAGGAGUCCAAGAUCCGAGACAGAGAAGACCCCGACAGCUUCACCAUCGCCGCCCUCCCCCCCACCGGGAAGCCCACAGACAAAACCGGCUCCAAGGCUAAGAGCGAGGAUGGGACGGACACGGGGGACGAGGCUAACCCCUCUAGCAACAAGAGGACAGGACGCUCCUUCAUGGGGAGCUUCUCCAAACGCAAGAAAAAGGUCACCAAGCUGAAGAAGACAUCGAGCUUUGAAGACACAGACACAGACCAGGAGAGCACGAGCAGCAUCUCCCGCGCCCCUCUGCACCACAGCAAAAAGAAAAAGACCAUGAAGUUGUCCCGGGCUCUGUCUGAUCUGGUCAAAUACACAUGCUCUGUGGGUCUCUACGACAUUGAGGCACAAGCCUCCUGCAGCUGGCAGGUGUCAUCGCUCAGUGAGACCAAAGCCCACCAGGUGAUGCAGCAGAAAGCCGCGUCCUUCAUCCACUUCAACCAGAGACAGCUGUCCCGCAUCUACCCCUCCUCGUACCGCGUGGACUCCUCCAACUUCAACCCCCAGCCCUUCUGGAGCGCCGGCUGCCAGCUGGUCGCUCUAAACUACCAAUCAGAGGGCCGCGUCCUGCAGCUCAACAGAGCCAAGUUCUACAGCAACGGCAACUGUGGCUACAUCCUGAAGCCCGCCUGCAUGUGUGAAGGGACCUUCAACCCCAACCUGGAGGAGCCUCUGCCGGGUCAGAUGAAGAAGCAGCUGGUGCUCAAGAUCAUCAGUGGACAGCAGCUGCCCAAACCCAAAGACUCUAUGCUGGGAGACCGGGGAGAGAUCAUUGAUCCCUUCGUGGAGGUGGAGCUCAUCGGCCUGCCGGUGGACUGCUGCAAGGAGCAGACCAGAGUGGUGGAUGAUAACGGCUUCAACCCGAUGUGGGAGGAGACUAUCGUUUUGACUGUCCACAUGCCGGAGCUCGCCCUGGUGCGUUUCCUCGUGUGGGAUCAUGACCCCAUUGGCCAGGACUUCAUCGGCCAGCGCACCAUCGCUUUCAACAGCAUGAUUCCAGGUUAUCGCCAUGUGUACUUGGAAGGUAUGGAGGAGGCUUCCAUCUUUGUUCACGUAGCUGUGAAUGACAUCACUGGUAAGGCCAGAGCAGCCACCGGUAUAAAAGGACUGUUUCACAGAAACCCAAAGCAGGCUUCCCUGGACAGCCAUGCUGCUGCACAGCACAGCCGUAAGCACCCGUUCGGGGCCCACCUCCUGCGCCGCACCGCCAGCGCACCCACCAAAGGCCAGCCCAAAAUCAAGAAGGGCUUCCCGGAGAUCGCCAUCGACACCAAAGACUACAGCUCAGAGGGGGCUAGUGAAGAACAAGAGUCUGAGGACAGGGACAAGGCCUCUGCCGGCACCUCUCACCAGCCCACACCACCACAGAUCCGCAACAGGGAAUCACUGGCAUCCCAACAAGCCAAGGGCCCCUGGGAGCGUCCUGACACCAAUGGGGCUUUUCACCCCGAAGAGGGUAAAGAUUGUUCCACAGUGCAGAAACCAGCUCCUCUUACACUACACUCUGACGAAGCCAGAACCACUCGUGUCAUCCGUUCUGUCUCCAAUCCAGAAGACAGCCUGUCUUCACAUCGCUCCUCAUCUACUCCACUGCAAUCCACAGCCAUAAACGCAGACUGCCCAUUGGCCUCUCCUUCAAAUGGUGCGGUAUACUCUCCUACCAAGCUGAACGGAGAACCUAGGAAUCCAACUACCAAUUCAAGAACCACGUCGCUCCAUCUGACUUCUGAGAGGACUGAACCAUCACAAGUUGUCCAGAACAACAGAGGCACUGAUUCUGUCAUGGAGCGCUCACCAAACCGGAAGGAAAACCUGAAAGAAAAGAAACAUGGCGCAGCGGAGGUAAAGUCUGACCACAGGGUGAAGCCUGCCGCUGUAACAGAAUUUCCACAAACCCCCGCCGUCCCUGCACCUGAGAAAGCCCAGGCCAGGAGAGCCCUCUUUAGCUCCAUGCCAUCCCACUCACCAGUGAGAAGAACCAAAAGUGAGGGCCAUGUUCUGGUGGCUGUAGCCUCCACUGUGCAGUCGGCAGUCCCGCAGGUCUGCACGGACGCCACCAUGAACGACCGCCUGUGGAGCAAGUUGGAUCCGGUCAGUCACCGAGACAGCAUGUCCUCUUCCUCCAGCAUCUCCUCCAGCGACACCGUCAUCGACCUGUCCCUGCCUAACCUGGCCAGGAAGAACCUCAGCAGCCCCCCAACGGCCAGCAGCACCUGUGACCCUCACUGGGUCAACUACCGCCACUCAGCGCUAGUCUCCUACGAUACCCUGCGAGUCAGCAAGAGCAAGUCCAACCCCAAUCUUCAGCAAGACGAGUGCCCGAGAGAUGAGCUUAAGCCCCGCCCCCUUCAGCCACCCGAGGAGGCUUCUGUGGACUCGCUCAACAGACUGACUCAGAGGAGGCACACCUGGAGCCGGCUCUACAUGGAGGGGCUCAAGCAGUCAUCAACCAGCAGGCCGUCCCCUCCGGCUAAACCCCCGAUAGUUACAGCUUCCAUGUCCAAAAGCCUCGGGGAUCUGACCUCUGAGGACAUUUCCUGUAACUUUGACAGUAAGUACCGCAGCAUCAGCCGCAGCUUCAUCGUCAGGCCCCUCAGAGAGCAGCUCCGCAAGGGGAGCCCACAGAAGUCCCGGCUGACCAGCGACUUCACAGAGCAGCUCCGGAAGCUGACGGAUGUGGAGCCCCUGACCGCUAGGGACUUUGCCCCAGAAAGCAAACCCAGAGAGUCGCAGGAGGACUUUGUGGAUGAGACCCUGGUGAGAAGGACCUCCUCAAGGAGCCAAAGCAGGGUGCGCUACAUCGCAAACAGGGCCAAAAAGGCCCAGGAACGGCAGAGGCUCCAGGGCCUGGCCCAGGGCAGGAGUGCAAGCUUCAACCUUGGCAGUGGAAGUCUCACGAGCCCCAUUGAGGAGCGGGGGAACCCUGAAGGUGCGUGUUGCGUGGCCCAAAGUCCCUGCACCAGCCUGGACCUGUUGAGUCAGCUCGCCCCCCUCGGAGCCCCGUCACCUAGACAGCCCCAGUCCCCCCCAGAAAGCAGUGAAGUCUUUUUUAGGCUCAAACUCUAAGAACUGGCUGACUUGGAACUGAGUGUGAGAGACACAGCAAGAGACUUGUUUGCAAUUCAGUCCAGAUUACUUCAUUUUUUUUGUGUUUUAGAAAAAGUUGCAUAUCUUGCAGAAUAUCUCCAUAAUGAUUUCUAAAUCUCACAGUGCUCCUCUGAGUUAGAAAUCACUUCUACAUCCUGAGGUUGUGCAAGAGGAUUUUUUUUAACCACUGAAAAAAACAUUGUCUUGAUGCUGAAGGACAGCAGCUCUUCUAAAAAGCAAUUCCUGCAGCUCUGACAUCUGUUUGCACCAAACAUUAGAUAAUUGCCACAACGUAUUUAGUUGAAGAGUUUUUAUAAAGUGGUUUCUGAUGACUGUGAUCUACUCUCAUGUUCGAUUUUAGUUUUUUUAACUUCACUUGCACAUACAGUAGCAAUACAUCGCUUGACAGGAUAGUAAAUGACCCAUUCUGCUUAUUCACUUGAAAUGGAAUGAUGUACUCUAAGUUAAAAUGUCAAAGGGUUCUUAUCGGCCCAUCCAUCCACUAGCAAUAUUUAGAAAAUGAUGGCAUGGUGUUAUAUUAAAGUUUGUUUAAAGUUUGAUCCUAACAGUGAGGCUUGUCUCAUGUCUCUGCUGAAGAAAAAAGUGAUUUUUUUUUUAUUGACUACAAUACAGGAUAAAUGUCUUAAUUUUAGUAUUUUAUGUGUAGUUGUUUCAUUGUAAACUGACCAAACUGACAAUAUCCUGCUACUCUUUCCGAUGUGGCAUGUCACAGCACUGAGUUCAUGUACUUUUAAACUGUGGUAGACUACUGCAUACCGAGUUUAGCCCUCUUUUUGACUGCAUGUAGUUUAUGCACUGUAAUGUUAACCUAAGGCUGUGCUUUGUUUUACAGAGACUUUUUUUAUAUGAACAUUUGUUAAUAUUCCAAUCUUUUUUUUGGAUUGUCUGAUGGUACUCACAAGAGCAUCAUAUCUGAGCGCCUGUGUUCUCAUUGGUCCGUGGUACAAAUACAAGAUGAAAAUGAUCUGUAUCAAAGCACGUUUUUCUGUCCACCUGCUGUAUUGUUUUGCACUGCCAUGCCAGUUGUUUGUGCAACAUUUUAAGGACAAUAUUUCAUUCAGACAAUGUGUAAUUAUGACCUGAAUAAAUCUCCAAUUAAUAUUAUUAAA